UACUAUUUGAUUAAAGGAAUCCACCAGUCAACAUGUAAUGUCCGGACUAAAACGAGCCACCGAGAGCCGUUAAAGGCACAGUAACCUCCUUCAUGUUAGAAGCCCCUCAGACAUCAGAACGGAGGCUGUCACUUUAACCAACCAGAGAGAGGAGAACAGUGAGGAUGUUUCGCAAUUUCUGCUUCCUGAGUUUACUUUCAUUUCUUGCUGAUCCACACGGUGCGAUCACUCUUUAUUACAUUUGCUUGAACUGACUGUAUCAUGAACAGUGUUUUCAUAGAUAAUGGAGCCAAUGAACAGCAGACUGCAGACAUUCAGUCACAGCCUGUUGUCCCACUGUCUCCCUCUAUUUGUGUUCCUCCCACACUGAGAGAUGGUGAGAGUUACCAUGCCUUCAUCAGCUACAGCAGCACUGACUACCAGUGGACCCACUCCCUCAUCAACCAGCUGGAGUCCUGCGGCCUGCAGGUCUGCUACCACGAGCGUGACUUCACUCCCGGCCGCACCGUGUUGGAGAACAUGUCCGACUGCAUCCAGGAGAGCCAGAAGGUCCUGCUGGUUCUCAGCCCAGAGUUUGUGAGGAGCCGCUGGUGUCUCCUGGAGGCUAACAUGUCUUUGUUCAGAGACUGCCUGGAGAGGAAACCCAUCGUCCCAGUGCUGCUGGAGCCAGGAGUCUCUGUUCCUCUCCACCUCUGCCACCUCACCUACCUGGAGGCCAACGACCCCGACUUUAAGAAUAAGCUGCUCAAGGUGCUCUGCACCGCCAACCAGGAGCUGCAAGGGUCCACUGUGGUGCCCUACCAGCCUCCCUCUAUCUACAACGGGAAGGCCCUGCAGCCUCUGAUUGCUGUCAAUAAGGAGGGACUCAAAAAAUGGCAAUGUGGUCAGUUCAGUGACAUGGACGUGCCAGACCAACUGCGCCUGAUCAUUGAGGACAAACAGAAGUACAGACAGGCUGUGAGGAUGAUCAACAGUGUCUCUCAAAAUAAAGUGCUCUCCCUCUGGCGUAGAGCAUUGAUGCCUGUUAUCGCUGGAAUAUUGAUCGUACUUAUGAUGGCUCUAUUAGUAUAUGCUACAAUUUCGUUGACUGAAGAUUCAUCAAAUGGCAAGAACACAAAUCUUUGGGCACUCUUUAUUGCUUGUGUCUGCUGUGUUUUUUUUAGUUACCUUAUUGAGAUUGCUAUCUGGGAAAUUGAUCAAUUGAAGUACAUAUUGAAGGAAAUGCAGAAAGCUACAGGCCAGGUGAACACAAUCCUCUCUGAGGAGAAGGUGUUAAUGGGCUGUUGGUCCAAUUCAAAACAAAUCCAUCUGGUGUAUGUUUCUCUGGACGGUUGCAAACAUGAGUUUGCAGAGACAUUUUCAGAGCAGGUUUGUGCUGAGGACAUGUUUCAAAGAGCUCUGCUCUACUUCUCAUCAGGUUACGCCUGCUGCCUUGCUAAAAAACACUUUCCCUUUCCCCUCGAGGUGGUCAGUGGAACCACUGGCCACCUGGAGGGAGGGGUGUGUUUCUGCCAGUAUGUCUCCCAGCAGCUGAGCACAGAUCAAUGGGCAUAGCAGUGUCCACAUGUUUGUCUUUACUAUUUGAUAAAAGAAAUCCCCCAGUCAACAUGUAAUGUCAGGACUAAAACGAGCCACUGAGAGCUGUUAAAGGCACAGUAACCUCCUUCAUGUUAGAAGCACCCCAGACAUCAGAACGGAGGCUGUCACUUUAGCAAACCAGAGAGAGGAGAACAGUGAGGAUGUUUUUCAGUUUCUGAUUCCUGAGUUUACUUUCAUUUCUUGCUGAUUCACACGGUGCGAUCACUCUUUAUUACAUUUGCUUGAACUGACUGUAUCAUGAACAGGUAUGGAUGUACGAUGCUGUGUACUGUAUGUUGUCCUCUUAGUGGGAUUAUAGUUUUCACUCUUAAAAAGUGCAGUAGGAUUCUGUUGUUGUUGUUGUGUUUUAUUUGUGUUUUUAGUAUGAAAGCUUACAUGUCAUCGAGCUGUUUUUUCUUUAUGAAUCUACUUUACUGAUGAACAUUUUCUGUCUGUUAUGUACACUUUUCAAGUUUUUUUUUUAUACUUCAUGAAUCUUUUUUCAAUAACUUUGUACUUCUGGUUAUUUGAUUACUUCUUUAUACACAAAUAGGAUGCGUAUUGUAUAUUUGGAGCAGCACUGAGUUGCUUCAAUUAUUCUUUUUAGAUUUAGGAUAUUGUUAUACCUGAAAUCAACUGAAAAUCUUUGCCGUCUAGGCUUCAUUUUACAGUAUAUUAUGCAAUUUGUAAUCAGCAUUUUAGUAACAUGACUCAUGUUCAUCACAAAUCUAAACUUGUUCGGGAAUCAUUUGAUCUGUGUUAUAUGUGGGAGUGUCAGGGUGACUUUGAGAAGCGUUUAUCUGUUUUGCAAUGAUUGACUGUAUUUGUAGUAGUAGCAGUCUUUUCACAUUUUCAGCAUUUAUUUUCUAACAUGUAUAAUGUGCUUAUAAAUAAAUCUCUGAUUUUACUUUA